AUGUCGGGGGAGUCGUCUUGCUGCUACGUUCCCCUUAAGGAUGCAGCAGCAGCAGCAGAUGCAGCAGCAGCCCCUCCAUCCUCACGCACAGCAGCAGCAGCAGCAGCAGCAGCAGCAACAGCAGCAGCAGCAGCAGCAGCAGCAGCAGAGUCAUCGUUCAACACAACAACAGCAGCAGCAGCGCAGCAGCAGCAGCAGCAACAGGAGGAGGCUGAGCGUCCGUCGUUACAGCAACAACAGCAGCAGCAGCAGAGACAGAACCAACAGCAGCAGCAACAGCAGCAGCAACAGCAGCAGCAGCAGUUGGGUAUCGUUGCUGCUGCUGGUAGUAUAGCAGCAGCAGCAGCAGCAGCAGCAGCAGCAGGGGUGGGGGUAGUACUUAAUGGGGCCCCCGUCGUUGCAGCAGCGUUGCUGCUGAAGCAAACCAGCAAGCAGCAGCAGCAGCGGCAGCAGCAGCAGCAGGAACAGCAGCAGCAGCAGCAGCAGCAACUGCUGCUGCUGCAGCAAUCAACGGGUUCGUAUGUCCCCCCCUCAAUAGCUCCCUAUACACCUCGGAAUACCCCCAGCAGAGCAGCAGCAGCAGCAGCAGCAGCAGGGACAGCAGCAGCAGCAGCAGCAGCAGCAGCAGCAAAAGAACCUCCUAGUGAAGGGGCGAGGCUAUUAGAUUUCGCGCGGCAGCAGCAAGUGAAGGAGGGCUUGAAGCAGCUGUGGCGCAGCAGCAGCAGCAACUGCAGCAGCAGCAGCAACAACAGCAGCAGCAGCAGCAGCAACAGCAGCUGGAGCAGCAGCAGCAGCGGGUUGCUGCAGGAACAGCAGCCGCAAGAGCAUCCCCAGUAUAUUGUCAAUGUAUUCACAGUGGAAGAAAAGGAGCAGCAAUGCAUGCAGCAGCAGCAGCAGCAGCAGCAGCACGAACAGCAGCAGCAGCAGCAGCAGCAGGAACAGCAGCAGCAGCAGCAGCAGCAGGAAGCGGAUGGUAAUGGGGUUUUAUGCUGCGGUCAGGAGACAGAUGCUGCAGCAGCAGCCGAAGCAGCAGCAGCAGCAGCAGAAACAGCAGCAGACGCAACAGCAGCAGCAGCAGCAGCAGCAGCAGCAAAGCCAAGGGAGACAGCAGCAAACAUCUCUCCUAGCUCUGACCCUGCUGCUGCACUGCAGCAACCGGCUGGCCUCUCGAAUUCUACCUGCAGCAGCAGCAGCAACAGCAGCAGCAGCAGCAGCAGCAGCAGCAGCUACAACAGCAGCAGCAACAACAACAGCAACAGCAGCAGCAACAACAACAGCAGCAGCAGCAGCAGCAGCAGCAAUGGGCAUCGCAUUGAUAAUUUUUCUGUCUCUUGCAGGGAGGGGCUGAGAGCAGAGGAACCAGCAGCAGCAGCAGCAGCAGCAGCACCAGCAGCAGCAGCAGCAGCAGCAGCAGCAGCAAACAAAGGGGGAAGCAGCAGCAGCCGCACUUCUUUGUCUCUCCCCACCGAAGACAGCACCGCCAUGCAGCUGCUGCUGCGUCGCUUCUCCUCCUUGCACAGCCGCAUGCAGUUUGCUGAAGCCCUGCAGCAGCAGCAGCAGCAGCAGCAGCAGCAGCAGCAGCAACAGCAGCAGCAGCAGCAGCAGCAGCGACAGCAGCAGCAGCAGCAGCAACGGCAGCAAGGCAACCCCGGCCGGGGUAGGCUUCGCAGCAGUGGAUGUCGCAGCUUAGAGCCUCCAGCAGCAGCAGCAGCAGCAGCAGCAGCAGCAACAGCAACAGCAGCAGCAGCAGCAGCAGCAACAGCAGCAGCAGGAGGAGCAGCACGGCGUCGGCGUGCCCGUGGUGGUUUUGUUGGUUUCUGCUGCUGCUGCUGUUUGUCUGUUGUUUACAGCAGCAGCAGCAGCAACACCAACAACAGCAGCAGCUACAACAACAACAGCGGCAACAACAACAGCAGCAGCAGCAGCAACAGCAGCAGCAGCAGCAGCAGCAAUGGGCAUCGUAUUGAUAAUAUUUCUGUCUCUUGCAGGGAGGGGCUGAGAGCAGGGGAACCAGCAGCAGCAGCAGCAGCAGCAGCACCAGCAGCAGCAGCAGCAGCAGCAGCAGCAAACAAAGGGGGAAGCAGCAGCAGCCGCUCUUCUCUGUCUCUCCCCACCGAAGACAGCACCGCCAUGCAGCUGCUACUGCGUCGCUUCUCCUCCUUGCACAGCCGCAUGCAGUUUGCUGAAGCCCUGCAGCAGCAGCAGCAGCAGCAGCAGCAGCAGCAGCAACAGCAGCAGCAGCAACAGCAGCAGCAGCAGCAGCAGCAGCAGCGACAGCAGCAGCAGCAGCAGCAGCAGCAGCAACGGCAGCAAGGUAACCCCGGCCGGGGAACUAUAUCGCUGCAGCAGCAGCUGCAGCAGCAGCAGCAGCAGCAGCAGCAGCAGGUGUUGCUGUUGCUGCAGCAGCAGGCGGUGGUGCCGCUGCAGCAGCUGCACAACACCGCUUGGACUAAGGUGUUGCUGCUGCUGCAGCAGCAGGCGGUGGUGCCGCUGCAGCAGCUGCAGUUGCACUAUGAGAAGCCAGCUGCAGCAGCAACAGCAGCAGCAGCAAACACAACAAAUGAUUCUGCUGCUGUUGCUGCUACUGUUGCUGCUGCUGCAGCAACACCGCUUGGACUAAGGAGAGCCAGCAGCAGCAACAGCAGCAACAGCAGCAGCAGCAGCAGCAGCAGCUAUGCAGCAGACAGCAAGACGUGGGGUGUCACUACAGCUCUGCUGCUGGGAACUGCAGAAGCAAUCAUGCCGCCGGUGCUGCUUGCUGCUGCUGCUGAUUGCAUGCGGUAA